AUGUCUAAGGAGUCCAGUCCCAUGCCUGCGGAUGGAGUCAACGAGGCGGAAGAUGACACACAUGUGCUAAGGGCAGAGCAGAUACCCGAAGAAAGUGAUAGCAUGAAUAUUACGACGUCAAGGGAUUAUGUCUCCGUGCUAUCACGAGCAACACCUGCAGCUACCUGCUGCUGGUUCGGUAUUUUCGAAAGCGCAAUGAUUGUAGUAUUACCGGGGAGAAGGAACAAUAGCGAAAUGGUCAUGGAAACUAAUUUCCGCAUGCUACUUCAACUGGCAGCAGUAGAGUAUCCUGUCUUAGUCAAUGGUGGCCUGGUCCUCAUGAGCUACUCAACCGCAUUGAUUCCCGUGAAACUUGUUGACACGGAAACAAUACUCUGGCACUUAGAGACCGCAAGCAAUGCCUCCCAGUUGAAGACGACUGAACUCCGGGGGAUCAAGGGGAAUUGGUUAAAGACCACCGAUUUGGAAGACCUGCAGAAGAAAAAGGCUUUACUUGGCUGGCGCCCGGAAGCUGUUACACUGCUUGGCACGGGUCUGUUGAACACUGUACAAUGGUCUGCGGCGAAGGCCAAGCACUCUACCUGGACUUGGAAGGGAGCAAACCUGCAAUUUUUAGCCUCGUCUACUGCUCCGCUACAGCUAGGAGCUCAGCUUGGCCUCAUUUGA